AUGGUGAAAGGCCUGGAGGACAAGACUUACGAGGAGCAACUGAGGUCAUUUGGUUUGUUCAGCUUGGAGAAGAGAAGGCUGAGGGGUGACCUCAUCGCCAUCUACAACUUUCUCAAGGGGGGCAGCGGAGGGGAAGGCAAUUCGGAUGACUUCAACUUAGAAGAUGCACUUGAUGAUUUCGAUUUGGAACAUGCUCUUCAUCCUGAUGACCCCAAGCCAGCUCCGCCUGCAAAUCCCAGAGACACUGAUAACCCCAAGCAAGGUCCACCUGCACGUCCUAAAGACACUGGCAACCUUGAUGAUUCAGAUCUUUUCGAUGGCAGUUUACCAAAAGGAGGAGGUGGCGAUAGUAGUGGUGGCAAUGGAAAAGAUAGUUGUCCAAAUAAUGCUGAUGAAUCUGAGGCUAAUCAGGGAGCAAUAGCUGGAAUUGUAAGUGCUGUGGUUGCUACUGUAAUCGGAGCAGUUUCUAGUUUCAUUGCUUACCAGAAGAAGAAACUCUGUUUCAAACAAAGCGAUGAAGAGAAUGUGAAUAUGGAUAGCCAUCGGGGAGCGCAAUCUGAGCCACCUGGUAAGAGAAGAAUCUAG